GUCAAUAGAAAAAAGACAACAACACAUUUUUGAAGUGAUGAGGAAACAGUAGAAAGUUAAAUAUAUACCUGUCACCGCUCUGCUGCGUUCACUGGAGUCCAAAGUUAGCAAACAGACUUUCGGUCACAUGAUGUGAAGCAGCCGCAAGGUGCUGCUUCUUCUCCGGGACUGCUCUCAAUAGAAAGGGGACUUUUUCUGUGUGUGUGGUGAAAACUGGAGUAAGUCGUACUUAUGCUGAAGUUGAAGCCGAAGUUUGACCUGCACAGAGAUGUUGUGUCGGACAUCCUCAGGAAGGAGGCGUCGGUGUGUCGAGUCAAAGAAUACUCCGAAGCAGUGGACAUUCGCAUCCUGAACUUCGAGAGAGACGGGGGCCUCCUUUACUCCUGGAAGGGAGCAACAGGUACCACCAGGAUCGGGAAAUAUGACUCCAACACCAAACAGAACAAGCUUCUGUACACAUUCGACAAGCAGGUGUGUGUCAGCAGCUGCUCCCUGAACAAGGAGGAGACGCUGUUAGCUGUCAGCUUGGCACAAAAUACCAGAGGAUAUGACCGCCUCAACCCAAUUUCAAAGUGUCUGACUCUCCUGAUCGAGAUUCAUCCCAUCAACAACACUAAAGUCCUCAAGGCAGUGGACUGCAGAGUCAAAGUGCAGUUCCUCAAUCAAGACACUGACAAGAGAUCUGUGCUGGAGAGCCAUCUGCUGCUGCUGACUGAAGAUGGAUAUGUGGAUCUAUACCAUGUGAUGCUGACCAAGCAGGAGGGUUACAGGGUGGUGAUGGCAAAUCCCGAGCGCUUGUCCAAGACAGCAGAGCGAAUAGUAGAAGAUUUCUGCUGGGUCCAGUGGGACGGACACACACAAAGACUCUACUAUCUCACACACAAGGACAAGUUCCUGCUGCGAUGUGUACAGUUCUACCCAAACCAUCACUGUGAAACCGUGUUGGAGCUCCCAUUAGAGUUGCCGGCUAAUUCUUUCCGCACAGUCAAGUUUGAAAAUCUGGGUUUUGACCAUUACCACACGGAGAGGCCAGAGCAGGAACGUGUUAGGAUGCAAGUGUUCACAAGCAAAAUAGGAAGCAUGUGUGUGUGCUACAGCCAGCCCCUCAAAGACAAACAGGAACUGAUCUACACUGUGGUUUUAGUUCACAAAGACUGCAGCAAGACGUUCAAAGUGUCCGUGGGCAGCGACGAGUCACCUCAGAAAGCCUCGCAGCUCCAUCCGCUCUUCAUCCCAAUAGGUUACUACAUCCUGGUGUACCUGCAGGGUUAUUUCCUCCACUGUAUCAACACCAGGCAGCAGGAGAUACUCUGUCACUCCCUCUUCCUCAGCGGUGAAGACGCAAACUUGGGCCUGCCGAGUCAGUCGACCAUCAUUACAGUAUUGCACUCAGAGUACGAGUCUAGCGGUUGUCUGUUGGAUCUGGCCACUGGGAGGACCCACACUGCUGAGCUCAGCCCUGCCUUCCUGCUGCAGAUUCUGCAAUCAGACACAAGUUCUAGGUGCCCCAGCAGUAAGACUGACCCUCAGCGCCUGGCUGCACUCCACUGCCUGCUGGUUUACAUGGGAAAUGACCCAAACCUGGAGCUGAAGAUUAUCGAAUGGCUGUGUGACAACGUGAACACCUUCGAGUCCUUUGAUCAGAUCCAGGAGUUCAUCUUAGCCUCUUUGUACAGAAUCAGCUAUGAGAAGUCUCUGGGCUUGGAUAAAGUCCUGCCGUACUCCUCUGUAUUCGACACCAAGGAGGUCCCGGUGUGUUUGGUGGAGGUUCCUGGUGUGUUUUGCAUCACUGAGCUGCAUACUGAAGCUGUCUUCAAGGGGAAGGCCAGGAGUCUCCAGGGUUUCUGGUCAGAGCUGCAGUGGAACACGGAGAGGACAAAAUAUCUGGAUGCUGUUCCCAACCCCAGAUACAGACCCUCGCACAUAAAGGCCGACUGGGAUAAACUGAGGUUCGAGAGGAGACCCUCCAGCCACAUGAAUCACAUGGAAGAGAACACAAAGAAAGUUCUAUCAAUGGUGGACACCUGGUGUCUGGAUAAGAAGCUGGUGCCACUUUUCCAGGAGGAGGACCAUCAACAGAGGGAACUCAUAGGCCUGACGGUUGACAAGCUUCGAGAGCAUCUCAACAGACACCUGCCACGACUGGGGAAGAAGAAGAUCGACUUGCUGGUUGUCAACUAUGUCGCCAAACUGCUGGAGCUCAUCAGACACAUGCUGGAGUCGGUCUGGCUGAAGUACAAACUCGGCCCUCGUGCUCUGAGCUUGACGCAGCAGGGCAGUCCGUCUGAGUGGUCGGUGUUUCACUUCAUGUUUCGGAUCCUGGAAUCCACCCGGGGUCUCUGCCUGCCCCUCCCGCCCGGAUAUCACACCCUCUUCGCUGUGUUUGCCGUGCGUUGCCUCCCUCAUCACACCUUUCUGCAGCACAUCGAUCACGGCUUCCUGCAGCUCACCGAAACGUUCGUGUCUCGUCUCAUGACAGAUUUGGACAACAGCGAUGCCAACGAAAGAUUGAAGUUCAGCAUACUUAAGAGACUCCCUCAGCCUAUGGAGCAGAGGAUCUACCAUAUGUGGGAUCAUCCUGUCAGCUCGGCUUCAAUCUCCAGAGAUUAUGUCAGGACUCUGCUGGAGAAACACAACAAAAAUAAGGGAUUUGCAUUCACCGGCACAGACAAGCCCGGCUUCAGACCUGAGUUUCUGCCUCUUACCUACCUGGCAAAAAUACUCUCUGAUAUAGAGGAACAAGCUCAGAACCCGUUCGAGGAGCAGGAGAACGUGGACGCCAAGUUUGUGGAGGAGACGGCUCUGAAACAGACGCUGAUACUGCUGCGCUUUGAGAAAAAAUGAAGGAUGUGGAAGGGCGACGAGGGACGCCGGGGUGGAUGGAUCGAGAAGGGGAAACAGAUGAGGGGGAAAAUGUGUUUGAGAGGGAGAGAACAGCCAUCAUCGACUGGGCCUCGAGGACAAGUAACGGAUGGAUGGAUGAUGGAAGGACGGGAGAUGAGAGAUGAACGGAAAGAGUGAAAAGGCGGAGAGCUCAUAAACAAGUUCUCAGUGUUUGAUGACAAAUUAGGGCGGGGGGGGGUUCGAGGAGAUAGACGGAUGGAGACGCCCAGAAUUAGAAGCAGAAGAUGAGAAAAUAUUUUCCCACCUGCUUUGGAGGAAAAAGUGAAGUGUGAACGCACCAAAAAUUAAAAUAGAAUCACACUUACACCUUCACUAAGUGAUUUAGAACAAUUUCUGGAAACUUCAAAGCUUCUCAUUGAAAAUCAAUAAGCGCGGGCAGCUAUUUUAUAUGAACUCACCCUCUGUAGCAGCUACAAUUCUCCCCAGUGCAACUUUCUUUUAAUACAAUUUAUGAACACCGAUGUCAAAUCCCGCGAACGGUAUUUAUAAAUCAAACACACUUGUUUAUCCUCCCGUGCUUCCUGUAAUGCCGCUGCACCCCAUCAACUUGAUUACAUGCUGACAAACGCUUCGAGAGGCCUGAUAUGGUCCGUCAGUGGCUGCCGCGCAUUAAAUCUGAUUCCAGCACCGACUCGUGCUGAACCUCUGCAGCACAGCGAGGCUCCGGUGUUGUACACGGUUUGUACGAAGCAACAGGAACACUUAGCGCUGAUUAGGGCUGAAUCUGAAUGAGGAGAUUAUAAGGAGCUGAAUGAUUUACAAGAGAACAACUGGAAAAAUCUGAAUUCUUAGGGUUAAACUAAAGCAAGUAAGAUAUUACUCAGCCACAAAUGUCCGGAUUGAAUAAUGUGCCCUCAGUCGGGGCUGAGCUCUUACUGUAAGUGGAGAAAUUGUUGUGUGUGUGUUCAUAAUCCUUUUUAGAGCGCAUGAACGUUGCCUACUAAACUCCAAACUAUUUGCAUCUCGUGUUGAUUGCUCAACUUUCCUCUCAAAGAAGGGAUUUCCUAAUCACUGUAUGUUUACACAAAAGGAAAAAAAUGUCAAAUGGAUUGUAAAUAAAGAGAUGUUUUUUUUUUUCAAGCUC